GAUUGGUUGAUCUGAGUUAUUCACCAUAGCCUCAAGAUCUCGGUACCCACCUGCAAGAUCUAGUUAAUAAACCCCUGGCGCCAUCGGUGCUACAUCACCCAAUGAAGUAUUAGAUGAACCGAGCGGGCUGCUUACCUUACUACUCCACAAGGAGAUAUCAAGGGGGAUAUCAAGGGGGGGUAGUCUAACGAUUUGGUUCGUUGAGGUUACAUCACAGGAUAAUGUUUUUGUUUCAUUGUUUCAAUUCACAAAAGGGGGCCGGAUGUGGUCACUGAUCUACUUAAGACACUCGUUUCCAUGCUCGUCGAAUCAAGUAUGCGAGUGGUUAGGCUACUCGUUCAUCGUUUCUCGGCGACAAGCUCAAUAGCUAGCUGUUUGGCAGAUAAUUACCUAAGUUAAAGAUGUUGUUUGGGCUUCUUCCUCUUCUCGCUGGGCAAGUCCUGGCCAAUCCUUUACAUUUACCCAUCAGGGCUCGCCAGGCGUCACCUCAGGCCUAUGUUUCCUCUUCGGACCUCAAAUAUAAGUUGAGCCCAGUCGAUGCGCCCGUAUCUGGUAAGGGUAAUCCUGGGGAUACGUCAACAUGGAACUUGAACAUCGACGAUACGGAAGCUGGGUAUAAGCAAAAGAUCAAUGGUUUCGGAGGUUCCGUUACGGACGCGACAGUUACAGUCAUGGGCGCGCUCUCCGAUGAUAAGCGUACUCAGCUUCUAAGAGAGUUGGUGACGCCGGACGGUGCCAACUUCGGCUUGCUGCGUCAUACUAUCGCUGCGUCGGACUUGUCGGGACCGCCCGCAUACACAUACGAUGACAGCAACGGCAAUGCGGAUCUGGAGCUUGGUAACUUCAACCUCGGAGAUAGAGGAACGGCGAUGGCGAAAUUGUUGAGCGAGAUAAAAGGCAUUCGUUCCGAUGUCACCAUCCUUGGAAGCUCAUGGAGCGCUCCGGGUUGGAUGAAACUCAAUAGGGUUCUCACCGGGAAUGCGGACAACAACUGGCUCGACUCGCAAUAUUAUAGUCAAUAUGCUCAGUACUUUGUGAAAUAUCUUCAGGCAUACGCAGGACUUGGUGCGCAUGUUGACGCUAUUACCAUUCAGAACGAGCCCCUGAACAACCAGGGAGGUGGCCACGUAACAAUGUAUCAAACAGCCGACGAAGCCGCCAAGGUGACGCAUGACUUUGUCGGGCCGGCUCUGCGCGCGGCGGGUUUGAAUACGCAAAUCUGGGCGUACGAUCACAAUACGGACACUCCCAGCUACCCGCAGACCGUGAUCGACGGAGCCGGCGAGUACGUCCAAGCGACGGCGUGGCACUGCUACGCGGGUGAUUUGGACUGGAAUGUCCUCAGCGAUUUUCACAAGGCAAACCCCGGCAAGUCUCAGUAUAUGACGGAAUGCUGGACCUCGCCGCAGACGUCGUGGUAUCAAUCGUCCAAGAACACGGUCGGUCCGUUGCAGAACUGGGCUGAAGGGUCGCUGAUGUGGACGUUGGGUACGUGGACCGAAGCCGCCGACGGCACUUUCGGGCCGUACAUCGAGGGAGGAUGCGCGACCUGUCGCGGUUUGUUCGUCGUCGACCAGAGCGCGGGCACGUACGAGUUUACCGUCGACUAUUACAUGCUAGCGCAAUACUCCAAGUUUAUCCCCAAGGGCGCGAUUAUCCUGAGCGGCUCUGGAAGCUAUAGUUACGACGGGUACUCGGGCGUGCAGUCGGUGGCAUCGAAGAAUCCCGAUGGUACGCGCACCGUCGUCAUCGAGAACACGUUCAAUAACGAUGUCUAUGUUACCUUGGACACGGCGAGCGGCGAGACAUGGAGUGGUAAUCUCUUAGCGAACAGCGUUACGACUUGGAUCUUGCCGUGAGCGAUGUAUAACGACUUACUUUCUUGUAUAUAUUUUAUCAGAUUCAAUAAAUAAAAAAGAAAUUGCAUACCUA